AUGGUCAACGCCACGAAAGGCACCGCCAGUACUCGAGGAGCGACAGGCCCCGCCCCGAUUCUCCUGUCCCCGAUAUCAGUCGCGCACCGGAGUCAAAUGAUGGAGACUGAAAGUGGGAAACCGUCGACAGGAAAUGCGAUCCGAGAUCAGUGGGUAGCGAAUCUACAGAAGAAGCGAAUGGACGCUGCUGCAGGUACCGGGGCUCCGAUUGGCAAUGGCAAUCCGUUGCCCCCCGGCUCAACUAUCUCGUCGAAUAGCAGGUCAAACAGUAACAGCAGAAGCAGCGCAGCCAAGAAGAACAGUCGUAGUCGCAGUGCCGCCGCUAGAGCAGCCAAGAACAGAGCUCAACUCAAUGCAGCUACGCUAGAGAAAAGUCUCAAUGCCCACCAACGCAACAUGUACCAGCACAGCCAAUUCGCGACCAUGUCGUCCGACUUGAUCGUCGAUAGUCAGAUUGCCAUGUGCGAAGCCGAAGCGCACGCGUAUGGCCAGCCCUCUAUGCUGUUUAGUGGGUUGGACUGUUUCGAGCUCGAGGCACCAUCAUUCUCGCGUCUGAUCUCGUCUUCUCUUGAUGGAGAAUUCCCACUACAUGCUGACCCUAGUGUCACUACCAAGAGACCCAAAAGCAGGCCGAAAAGAGCAACGAAAUCAUCGAAGAAGCGACCGACCCACUGCUUAGCUCUUGAAGUAGACCAGCCGAAGCCACGCACGCCGCGUCGCAAGUUAAACUGUGGCUCCGCUACAUUCGAUGACUUUGACCUCGACUAUAGUGUCAGUUCCGGCUUCCCUGGUGUCGGAACGCCUUCCAAUUUCCGUGUGGAUGCUACGACACGGCAUCUGUGGGGUCAGGAGCUCGAGUUGACCGGUGCAGGAGGCUACGCAGACACCUUUCUGGACCUCCCCACCCCACGUCUUGCACUCAUGUCGACUUCUCAACAGUCGAAAGCCAGCACCGCUAGUAACAGUAGUAAACAGUCGAAUGAUGAGCCGGAUAAUCAGGAGGAACUGGAGCAUCCUCGUCUGAUCCGCACGAACAGCAUCGAGCAAGAAGGCUUGAGCUACUUCCUAGAGCAGACGAACUUGGACGGCGACGACGGUGGCCAUGGGGAACAGCUGUACCAGCUUGCAGAGGCGCCUCUUGUUAGUGGUCGGAAGUCUCCGUUCUCGGGUGGCUCGUUCUUCUCUACUAGCGCUACGCCACGGACUGCGGCGGCUGCAGCAGUAGUGGACGAGUGCUUCGGAGGGAAGGCUGCUGCUUUCGCUUCGACAUGGCCAAUGCCGUCGCCGCUGGGCUCCCAAUCUCGGCGAAGUCGCAUGACUCCUCGGGACCCCAAGCAUCCGCCCGAGUUCGAAACGCUGACAGACGAGUACAAGCUCACUGACAUUGAUCACGAGCUCGACACUUUUUACCUCGACACUAUGGAAGCGAUCGGUAACGACCUCGAUCUAAUGUCGAACUGA